AUGCAGCUCCCCAUGCUGCUGUUCCUUUCCCUGCCACUAUUUCUUAACAUAUUUGAACCAGCUGGAGCUCAGUUCCCUCGCCAGUGCACUACCAUCGAGUCUCUGAGAAGUGGGAUGUGUUGCCCAGACUAUUUCCCUGUGUUUGGGCCUGGUACCGAUCGGUGCGGAGUGUCUACAGGGAGAGGCCGUUGUGUGCAGGUGACAGUAGACUCGCGACCCCAUGGCCCACAGUACAUCCAUGAUGGGAGGGAUGACCGCGAGCAAUGGCCCAUACGCUUCUUCAACCAAACCUGCAGGUGCAAUGGUAAUUUCUCUGGUUACAACUGUGGGUCAUGUCGCCCUGGAUGGACUGGACCUACAUGUAGCCAGCAAAUCAAUAUAGUCAGAAGGAAUCUUCUGGAUCUUAGCACAGAAGAGAGAAGGCGAUUUGUGAAUGCUCUACACCAAGCCAAGGUGACAAUCCACCCUGAUAUUGUCAUUGCCACAAGGAGACGUGAUGAAAUAUUUGGACCAGAUGGCAACACACCACAGUUUGAAAAUAUCUCCAUUUAUAACUACUUUGUGUGGUCCCAUUAUUAUUCUGUCAGGAAGACUUUCCUUGGUGCAGGGCAGCAGAGCUUUGAAAGAGUUGAUUUCUCUCAUGAAGGACCAGCUUUCGUCACAUGGCAUAGGUAUCAUCUGCUGCAGCUUGAGAGAGACAUGCAGAACAUGCUACAGGAUCCCACUUUUGGCCUUCCCUACUGGAACUUUGCAACAGGACAAAACACCUGUGAUAUCUGCUCAGAUGACUUGAUGGGGGCUAGAAGCAAUUUUGAUGUAUCUCUGAUCAGUCAGAAUUCAAUCUUCUCUCAGUGGCGUGUCCUGUGUGAAAGCAUAGAAGACUAUGAUAGCUUGGGAACCAUUUGUAACAGCACUGAAGGUGGUCCCAUCCGCAGAAAUCCUGCUGGAAAUGUUGCACGGCCCAUGGUACAGCGUCUCCCAGAGCCUGAGGAUGUUGCUCUGUGUUUGGAAGUUGGUAUAUUUGACACUCCUCCUUUUUACUCCAACUCCACAGACAGUUUCCGUAACACAGUAGAAGGGUACAGUGAUCCUUCAGGAAAAUAUGACCCAGCAGUUCGAAGCCUUCACAACCUGGCUCACCUAUUUUUGAAUGGAACAGGAGGGCAAACACAUUUAUCACCAAAUGAUCCCAUUUUUGUCCUCCUGCACACCUUUACAGAUGCUGUUUUUGAUGAGUGGCUCAGAAGAUAUUCAGCUGAUAUCUCUACAUAUCCCCUGGAGAAUGCCCCUAUUGGACAUAACCGGGAGUACAACAUGGUGCCUUUCUGGCCUCCAGUUACGAAUAAUGAAAUGUUUGUUACUGCACCAGAAAACCUGGGAUACAGCUAUGACAUUGAGUGGCCAGGUCGGGCUCUUCGUGUAACAGAAAUGAUAACUAUUGCAGUAGUGACUGCACUCAUUCUUGUUGCAAUUAUCUUUGCUGCUGCUGCAUGCAUUGUACGUGCCAAGAAGAACAGGAAUGAGUUGCAUCAGCCUCUUCUCACUGAUCAGUAUCAACACUAUUCAGAUGAUUAUGAUGGCAUAUCAACACCGGGCCAGUCUGUCGUAUGA